AUGUCCCUUCCCGAGCAGCAGGACGCCCUCCUGAUCACCGCCAAGGGCGAAAGGAUGACCAUGGGCAAGCGUCGCGUUCCCAAACCCGGCGCGGGCGAAGUCCUCGUUCGAAACAGCGCGGCGGCGCUUAACCCGGCUGACAUGUACAUUCAGAAGUUGGGUGUCUUUGUGAAGGACGAGGAUCUGCCUCUCGUCAUUGGAUGUGACGGCGCAGGCGAGAUUGUCGCGCUCGGCGAAGGCGUACAAGGCUGGAAUGUCGGCGACAAAGUGUUCUACCAAGCCCCCCUCGUCAAAUCGGACUACACAACCUUCCAACAAUACACUCUCGCAAACGCCUCCCGCAUCGCCCUCAUCCCACCCAACAUAACUCCCGAACAAGCCUCUACGAUCCCCCUCGCGCUCGCCACUGCCGCGCUCGGGCUGUAUCAAGUGCAGAGGGAUGAGAUCCAUGCUAUGGGGUACGAUAUGGGCGGGGCGGGGCUCACGCCGCCGUGGGAUGAGGGCGGGAUGGGGAAGUAUGAGGGGAAAGCGGCGGUGGUGAUUGGUGGGUCGAGUUCGGUUGGGCAGUUCGCGCUCCAACUUCUCCACGCAUCAGGUUUCAACCCGCUCGUAACGACCGCCUCAGCCCACAACGAAGAGUACUGCAAAGCCGCCGGCGCGACACACGUCAUAGACUACAAGACCACGCCCUACUCCGAUCUCCCAACAACCGUCAAAUCCAUCGUAGCCGACACGCCCAUAAGCAUCAUCUACAACUCCAUCGCCUCCGGCACGCAAGCCUUCGCGCUCGAGAUACUCGGUCCGGGCGGGAGCUUGGUGACCGUCACCAAGCCGGACGUCGGCGCCCAAGGCCCGCCCGACGCCCAAGGCCGGCGCAUCAUAUGCGUCUACGGCGACGCGGGCGCCGAAUGCCACCAGCAGCUCGGAGAGAAUAUGUAUGCGUCUUUGACGAGGAUGGUCGAGCAGGGGGUUUUGAAGCCGAACAAGGUUAGGGUGCUGGAAGGCGGGUUGGGCGCUGUGCCGGCGGGGUGCGAUGAGAUUGAGAGGGGGGUGAGUGGGGUGAAGUUGGUCGUUCGGAUUGAUUGA